GUUACAAUGAAUUAAACAAUCGUUUAGUUAUAGAAAGGUAUCUGAAUUGUGUUUCUAUUAUCCAAUUAACCGAAAAAACAAGAAACAUUUUUCGAUUUGAAACUUUGCUAAAGAACUGAAAUUAUAUAGCUACAAGUGUGAACGAAUCCAUUAAUUUGAGUAGAAGAUAACAAUCGGAAAGUAUCUCCACAGCAACAUGGCCGUUCGAUUUGGAAAGUUCGAACAGAUCAACCUAAUACUGUGGCUGAUGCGAGUAGCGCCAUUUCUUACGGUAGGAAACCCUGACGCCAAAAGACUAUACGACGACUUGAUGAGCAGCUAUAACAGGCUUGUUCGACCGGUCAGAAAUAACUCUGACACUCUCACCGUUAGGAUGAACCUCAAAUUAUCACAACUAAUAGAUGUAAACAUGAAGAACCAGAUCAUGACAACAAAUAUGUGGGUAAAUCAGGAAUGGUCCGACCACAAACUUAGAUGGGAUCCUCGAGAAUAUGGAGGGGUCCGUCAGCUAUAUGUCCCCGCAGAACAAAUAUGGUUACCAGAUAUUGUGCUCUACAACAGCGCUGAUGGAAACUAUGAAGUCACAAUCAUGACCAAAGCUAUCAUCCAUGAUGACGGAAAGGUAGUCUGGAACCCCCCAGCCAUCUAUAAAAGUUCUUGUCAGAUAGACGUUCAGUACUUUCCAUUUGAUCGCCAGGAAUGUCACAUGAAAUUCGGAUCCUGGUCUCAUGAUGGUUACAAGGUUGACCUAAAACAUUUGAAAGAGAUCGAAAACUCCAGCCUGGUGCCCCUGGGAAUCGACUUGAGUGAAUUCUACUUAAGUGUUGAGUGGGAUAUUAUGUCUGUACCAGCUAAGCGCAAGGAAAAGUUUUAUGCUUGUUGCGCUGAACCGUAUCCAGACAUUACCUUUAACAUCACCUUACGACGCAAAACUCUGUUCUAUACUGUCAAUUUGAUCAUUCCCUGUGUGGGCAUAGGCUGCUUGUCCAUAGUAGUUUUUUACCUUCCUUCCGACAGUGGGGAAAAAAUCACUUUGUGCAUUUCCAUACUUCUUUCGCUAAUUUUCUUUUUCUUGGUUCUUUCGGAAAUUAUACCCUCCACAUCUUUAGCUCUGCCACUUCUAGGGAAGUAUCUCCUCUUCACUAUGAUUCUUCUUACCGUAACUGUGGUCGUAACCACAGUGGUUCUAAACGUCCACUUUCGAUCGCCUUCUACCCACAAAUUGAAACCUUGGGUGAGGAAAGUAUUUAUCCGCACACUCCCGAAAAUUCUUCUCAUGAGAGAACCACAAUACAAGAAUUACAGUGACAUGGACGACAAACAAGAUGGGGCUGGCAUCCGAAACGUAGAUGGACAAGGUCGAACUUCUAGUGUUUCGGAAGCACAACGCUCUGGCAAAGAAAAUAACUCCCAACCUUUUGGCCGCUACACAGUUGAAGAAAUCAUUAUUCAAGAACUUCAGUCAAGUCCGAGUUAUCUUGAAAGAAAGCUUCCGGAGAGAUUGGAAACUACCAUUCACAACGCCAUGUUUAUCGCUCAACAUAUUGAUAAUCAAGAUGACUAUGAUGGCAUAAAAGAGGACUGGAAGUACGUUGCUAUGGUACUCGACCGGCUGUUCCUGUGGCUCUUUUCUAUAACCUGCUUAGUUGGCACUAUUGGCAUCCUUCUCCAGUCACCUUCAUUGUAUGAUACAGAAAAGCCCAUUGACGUUAAACUGUCCAGGGUGGCUCAGAUGCAGGAGAAGCUCCAUGAUUGGUUCGACAUAUAGUUUUCUUCGUAAAAAAAAAAAAAA